AUGGGGCCAGGGCCUCAGAAGUCCUCUGAGGGGCAGAGGGGAGCCGACCACAAGGAAGCCGCCUGUUCAGAGGCAGCCACGCGGCAGCCGGCAGUGAAGGCUUCUGAGCCCGCCAAGCCCCAGUCCACCUCUGGUCUAUAUGGCGGCCUGCGGAAGGUGGUGAUCUGCAUACCCACUCAGGUGGUCUGUCCUUACUGUGGGAACUACAUUGUCACGGUGGCCACCCCUGUCCCAGGAUUACUCUCCUGGAUCGUGUGCUCUAGCAUCAUUGUGCUCGCGUGUUUCCUGGGUUGCUGCUUUCUCCCGUGCUGCAAGUCAAGCUGCAUGGAGGUGAGCCACUCAUGUCCUGUGUGUGACAAGGAGAUCUUCCGCUGUCAACGAGUGUGA